AGGGCUAUUGAUCCACGCCGACGUCUCGGCCGAUGAUCGGACAGAAGGUAGAGUGCCACGAACGUCGGGCCAUACGCCGCCCGUAAAUAAUCGUUCGGUGUGCCGUGGCAAACGAAUUUAAGAUACGUACGAGGAUAAAAGCAUCCUUUUAACAUUCGGGGGUAGCAGCGUGCCCAAAGAUGGUCGGCGGAGUGACGGAGGGUGGACCUCUUAUUCGACCUGUCGAGCCCGUCUCGACUGCGACGUUGGUGACGCUAUGCCUUGGUUCCGCCUUCUUAUUAUGCGCUGUUGCGAUGACCUGGUGGCUCUGCCGACGACGUCGCGAGCACACCAAGCUAAGCUCUGACAAGUCCCUAGCAUUCAGACCACCGCAUCGGAAGCCGACGGCGGUUAAAAGUCCUGGCAGCACGAGCCAUUAUUUAAAGAAGAGUCCAUCGCCAACAGGACCGGCUAAGAGUCCGCCUGGUUCUGGUGGACAAACUCCGAGCCCGACAGGGUCCUCAAACCCAGCGUCUCAGCCCAGAACACCGCAAGGCGCAGGUACACCAAUACAAACGCCCGUCGAGGUCGCUGUGAGUAUAGAGAACGAGCGUGACAAGGCUGAGCUAGAGAAUAACGAGAAGGUUGAACGUGAAAAGAGCCAGGCAGCGGAGAAUGACAAAGAUAAUUUGGGCCAACUGAUCUUCAAAUUACGCUAUCGAAGUGAGCAAAAUGCACUGGCAAUCACCGUGGUGAAGUGCAAAGGUUUGCCAGCCAGGGGCCAGCAAAACGCCACGUGUGAUCCUUACGUGAAAUUGCAAUUAUUGCCUGACAAGCAGCAUCAUGUAAAAACUAGAGUCCUUAGAAAUACCAGGGAUCCAGUAUACGAUGAAGAUUUCACGUUCUUUGGCAUAUCGCAGAAUCAACUUCAGAAAAUUAGCUUACACUUCAUCGUGCUGAGUUUUGACAGAUAUUCGCGUGACGAUAUCAUUGGAGAAUUGACAUGUGCUUUAUCAUCAGUUCCCGGUUUAGAAGACGCGGAUAAUCAAGAAAUAUCUCUCUGUCGAAAAAUAUACCCUAGGAGUUUAAAGAUACAGUCGCAAGGAAGAGGAGAAUUGCUGGUCUCUCUUUGCUGGCAACCUGUUACUAGCCGGCUGACAGUAGUAGUAUUAAAAGCACGAAACUUACCCAAGAUGGAUGUGACUGGGCUCGCUGAUCCUUAUGUGAAGAUUUAUCUUCUAUACAACCAGCAACGUGUUGCUAAGAAGAAAACACACGUAAAGAAACGUACGCUCAGUCCGGUAUUUAACGAGUCCUUCGUCUUUGAGAUACCAAACGGUGCAGAUGGGCUCAAUAAUGUCAGCCUUGAAUUCAUGUUAUUGGAUUGGGAUAGAGUCACGAAAAACGAGGUAAUCGGCCGACUAGAAUUUGGUGGACCAAAAUGUCAAGGCUCCGCUGUAAACCAUUGGAAAGAGGUGUGCAGCUCACCGCGACGACAGAUAGCAGAUUGGCAUAAACUGCGGGAGUAACUGAUCUCCGGCUCUACGUAUCAUAUAGCCCGAAUUCCCAUCUCCAAUUUCUCUGGAUUCCCAUAUCCUCCUCCACUGUGAAACCGAUUCGAUCUUUGAAACCCUACGAGAUAGGGCGUCUGUUUUGUAAACUUAAUAGUCGAUGUAUAUUAGGCUUGAAAUGAACGAUUCCACUCGUGAUCGCUGUCAUCACAAAAAAGACGUUCUUGAAUUUAUGAACAUUCAUAAAUUCCUUAUUUACGAUUCACACAAGCGAUGAAAGAAUUCAUGACACAUUCUUUUUUAAUCUCAAAAUAAUUGACAUUUGAAUCGUGUUGUUUCUGUCGGGGCCUAUUAAAUCAAUAUAAUUUAUUUAUUUGUGUUCAAAUUUUUAUCCUAAAAAUAGAAACUUCUUUAUUGAUGGACGAUUGUGCAUAGAUCGUCGCGGAACGUGAUGAUACGCGAUUACGGAAUGACAGCUUGCAGGAUGCUUCACGAGAUAUAAACAUAGACAUUAAGAAUCCCGUCGACCAGUUGGUAAUGAAACUACAGAAGAGACUAAGAAGUGGCAGUGUAUGCAAAGCGACCUAUCAAUUAUUAGAUAUUGCAUCAUGUAGAUGAAAAUGAAGUAAAUAUUCUUAUCUCCUAAAGUGAAUUGAAUGGGAUGCACUCGUACACUGGAGGCCAAUCUCACAUCAGACAUAAAAGCACACGCCUAACAUAUAAUCAACUCACUAAACAGUUUAACAAAUAAUAAUUCUUUUCUUAAUAUAAUUUGAUACAUUACACAUUUGAUUACUAUUUAGCAAUUGUUAUCUUUGCUGAAAGCAGCUUAUGCACUUUGAUCAAUUUAUGUACUAAAUUUGUGCGCGCGCUACUUUAGUUUAAAGAGAGAAAGAGAAA